AUGCAGAAAUCGGCCCUCAAUGACCACAAAAGCAGCCACAGCCACAUUGAAUCCUGCGCUGUGGCCAAUCAGAGUGUGCAGAUGGAGAAGCAUGUAGAGAAAUCCCAGGUUGCCUGCAACGAGGCACUAAAAACCCAGCUUAAGGUUGUGUUACACAUGGCCAACACAAACACACCUAGCCACCAGUAUCCCAAACUGGUCCAUCUCUUGCAGUCUGCUGGGUGUCCAAACUUGAACAGUGCACACACAUACACCCAUCAUGACACAGUCACUCAAAUGGAGGAAGCGAUUGCGGCUACCGUAACCUCUGCCAUCGAUGACCGCAUCGCAAAAAGUAGAUAUGUCGGGGUGAUUGUGGACGAAACCACUAACAUCACUGUUGAAAAGACGCUAAUAACUUACUUAACACUACAACUGAAUGGGGAGCCAGAAACGGUGUUCUUGGGCAACUAUGCCAUACCCUCUGGCAACGCCGAAUGCAUCUCGGCGAAGAUAAAAGAUGUGCUUUCUGGCCGUGGUGUGGCGAUGUCUCGGGUUGUUGGGUUGGGAAGUGAUGGCGCGAAUGUGAUGGUGGGACGAAAAGCCGGAGUUGCACAACAGCUGCGCCAUAAUGACUGUCCCUACCUCGUGAACUUCCACUGUGGUGCGCACAGGACGGCACUGGCAGCCCGAGACGCAUCGAAGGCUGUGCGUGAGAUUGAUGCUUAUGUGACCACCCUAAACAGCGUUUACACCUACUACAAAAACUCUCCCAUCCGAACACAUAGGCUGAAUGAACUCCAAAAAGACAUGGACGAGCACGACUUGCUGAGUCUUAAGCAGCCAUCUGCUACGCGCUGGCUGUCUUUGGAGAGGGCUGUCAAGGGUAUGCGGGCAAACUGGGCUGCUGUGGUGCUGGAGCUGGAGGAGGAGGAAGCCGCGAGAGACUGUCCGGUAGCGAGGGGUCUGCGGAGGCAGCUCCUGAAGUACACAUUCCCUGCCCUAACACACCUCCUCGCUGACGUGCUAUCUGUAGUCAACAGGAUGAACCUCACCUUUCAGAAAGAGGACGUUAACAUCUCCUCCAUUCAGCCAGUGGUCAACAUGACGCUUGCCAGCCUGGAUGACCUGUCAAGUGAGCCAGGUGUGGCAGAGAGAAAGUUUAAAGAGGCGUCACAGGACGGCAAAUUCUGUGGCAUCACACUCACGCACCCAGAUGCUCGGGCCUUUUCCAAUCUGCGCUCCCAAUACCUGGCAGAGAUCACAAAGUCAAUCCAAAAAAGAUUCCCCGAAGAUCAUCUAGGAAUCAUCGCAGAUCUCGACACCGUGCUCAACGCCUCGCGCUACCCCACAGCUGACAGCGCGUUAAAGACUCACGGGCUAGAGGCAUUGGAGCGCGUCUGUGACCACUACGGGUCACCGCGGGGUGCAGCUGCACCACUGAUUGAGAAUGACCGCAUGGAGAGGGAUUUUCUCCCGAUGAAAAGAGUGCUGGCAGGGUCGGGUAAUCUCUCGUUCAGGGGCUCCUGUCGGCUGCUCAUCACUUCGCUAGGGGAAAUGUUUCCGGAUUUCAGAGCGUUGGCUGAAGUGGCGCUGGUUAUCCCAGUGUCCAGUGUUGCUGCUGAGCGCGGAUUCAGCCUUCAAAAUAACAUUAAAACCGCCACGAGAAGUCGCCUGUCGGAGGCAAAGACGCAGCGUCUCAUGACAAUCGCCUCGGCUGCUGUAUCCAUUGAUGCGUUCGAUUACACGCAAGCGAGCGCACUGUUCAAGUCCAUGCGAGCAAGGAGAAAAGUUUGA